AUUUGCAGUGUUGACCCUCACUAUUUCUUGACUUGUGGUCAACCGAUCAAUGUUCUUCAUCCUAUUCCUACACAUAACUCGUCUGGGUUUAGCCCAAUCUAUCUUGCUAUAAUAUUAUUGUCAAGUUUUUAUUUUUGCUGUAUUCUUGUUCUUGCAAUGACACAAGAUUUGGUAUUUCUAUAUGGAUAUACAAACAUCACUGUAAAUUUAGCAAUUAUUCUUAUUACCAUCUUGAAUAUCGUAGUUUACAUGCUCCAAAAACUUCAAGAAGCAGAAGUCGUGGAACAAAAAAACUGGCUUCAAUCAUCGUCUACUCGACAAUCAUGUUACCGUUUCUCCUUUAAUGAGAUGAAGCGUGCGACACGUAACUUCCACAUCGAAUUAGUGAUCGGAAAAGGCGGGUUUGGAAAUGUUUACAAAGGGACUCUGGGAGCAACUCUAGUUGCCAUAAAACGGUUGAAAUCAACUUCGAAACAAGGAUCCACAGAAUUCCGUGCAGAGAUUGAGAUGCUCUCAAAAAUUCGGCACAUCAAUCUAGUGUCUUUAAUUGGUUACUGUAAUGAAGGUUAUGAGAUGAUUCUUGUUUAUGAAUUUAUGGCAGGUGGUACGUUAGCCGAUCAUAUUCAUAAGAGGCUUAGACAAGAUGACACUUCUUCUUCGCCUCUUUCAUGGGUUCAACGUCUCAAGAUUUGUAUCGGAGCAGCUCGAGGACUGGAUUACCUUCACACUGGAACAGGGAUUUACCAGAGAAUCAUACACCGUGAUGUAAAGAGCACUAACAUCCUACUUGACCAGAAUUUUGCAGCUAAGGUUUCUGAUUUCGGAUUAUCUAGAACAAGUCCAGCUAAUCAGACGCAUACAUUCGUAAGCACUCAGGUGAAAGGAACCUUUGGAUAUUUUGAUCCUGAUUAUUUCCAAACCCAAAGGCUCACGAGGAAAUCCGACGUGUAUGCCUUCGGUGUUGUGUUAUUUGAGGUCUUGUGUGGAAGGCCAGCAGUGGACAAGAGUCUGGAUGAAGAGCAAAUUGGUUUAGCUAGAUGGGCACAAUAUUGCUUCAGAGAGAAAAGACUGGGGGAAAUUAUUGAUGAGGGAAUAAAAGAUAAUGUGUAUCCUGAUUCUCUAGAGAUGUUCGUGAAAGUUGCAAUCCAGUGUUUACAGACCGAACCUAAACAUCGUCCCACUAUGGCUGAGGUUGUUGUUGGUCUUGAGUCUGCCUUGGCCUUGCAAGAAAAGAGGACUGAAAAGAUAACUAGUGAUGAGAACCAAGAGGAAAUAGAUAUAUCAGACUCUGAGGUGGAGGAAGGAGAUGUAUCAGACCAUGAGGUGGAGAAUGAAAAUUCCGAUGAUGAGCUGGAUGGUAUUUCCAGCAGUAGGCAUCAGGAAAAGCAGUCUUCUUCAUUCUUCCCCGAGAAAGAGAAGCAGUCUUCUUCUUUUCAAAGAUUUGCUACUUUGCUGACACUUGCAGCUCGGGUCAUAUCAGUUAGCACAGGGCCUCAAAAAAAAAGUCUCAAACAGCCCUGUUCAAAGCUCAUCAUGAAGCCAUCAAAUUUGAAGAGUUACACAUUCCAUCAUCUCAGGACAGCUACCAGCAAGUUCGAUCCCGGUGCUCUGUGGGGGAAUGAUGAUUAUUAUACUUAUUAUAAGGGUACUGGUCCGAUUACUACAAUAAAGAGAUUGAAAGAUAACCCAAAUUUCAAGGAGGUGUGGUUGAAAGAAAUCGAUACCUUAAGAAAACUUUGUCAUCCUAAUAUCGUAAAACUGAUUGGAUAUUGCUUGGAAAAGGAGCGGCUUCUAGUACUUGAGCACCCACUUCAUGGACGCUUGGACCAGCAUCUGCGGGUUUCUACUUCUCAACGGCUCUCCUGGAAACUUCGUAUAGGUCUUGCUCAUGGAGCUGCUAAGGGGCUUGCAUAUCUUCAUGGUCCAGGAGUAAAUGUUAUACAUCGUGAUGUCAAAACAUCCAACAUAUUGAUUGAUUCAAAAUACAAUGCAAAGCUCUCUGGUUUUAGUCUGGCUAAGGACGGACCAGAAGAGGAAAGAUCCCAUGUUACUACACGUGUUCAGGGAACAUUCGGUUAUAUAGAUCCCGAAUAUUAUCAUACAGGUGAAUUAACAUUGAAAAGCGAUGUCUACAGCUUUGGAGUUGUCCUCCUGGAACUUUUGACAGGACGAAAAGCCGACAAUGAGGUGAACCUGGCUUCUUCGGUUCAGUCUCGGCUCAGCAAAGAGCAUGGGAUUUUGGAUAUAAUGGAUGCACAUUUGGAAGGCCAAUACACUGUAGGAGCAGCAUCAACAGCCUCUUCCCUCGCACUUAGAUGCACCUCAGUAGAUACCAAAUCAAGACCUGAUGCAAAGCAAGUAGCAGAAGAAUUAGAGCAGCUUCUUUCUUUAAUAAACUUGGAGCCCCAUUAGAACAAUAUAUUUGAGUUUAAUUGUAACUGCAAGAAGUUCCAACAAAAAAUGAUUAAAUGUAAUCCUUAUAUUUUCGGUUUUGUCAUUUUUAUAGAAUAUUUAUGGUACCAAUAAACCCCUACUCUACCUCCAUAUAAUAUAAGUAUUUCUCUUUGUCA